GCACAAUUCCAUAAACUCCAACCUUAAGGUUUCACCAUGAAGGGUUCCAACCAAGUAGCACCAUUGUUUGUGGUUGCGAUCGUAUCACUUCUUCUCUUGUUUGUGUCUUCCACGGAUGCCGUAUUGUCUUGCAGUACAGUCAUCAAAGACGUAAAGCCCUGUGUGAGUUACCUCGUGAACGGGAGUGGGAUGCCCCCACCCGCCUGUUGUUCGGGUGCGAAGGCUCUUGCGGCAGCCGCUAGCACCACUGUUGAUAAGCAAGCUGCUUGUAGUUGUCUCAAGACGGCUUCACAGAGCCUGAACCCUAAUCCCGGGCUAGCUAAAUCACUUCCGGCAAAUUGUGGGUUCAAUUUGGGCUUCACCAUUUCGUCUAGCGUUGAUUGCACCAAAAUCACUUGAAUAUUGAAGCUAGCGAAGGGAGAUGCCUCUACGUGGAGCAAGAGUUAGCUGAGUCUUGAUAUGCAUCUAGAGUUUAUGUUGCAUUUAUAUUCGUUUUUUAUAUAAUAAACGUUGUUUCCACUACUCAUUUGGGGUUAACAUAUAAUGAGGGAUUUGUGUACCAUCAUUUAUACUUUUAUGUUAUAUUUGCAUGAUAUAUGGUUGAUAUAAUGAUAUUGUUCUAAAGAUUGUGGUU